CAGUAGAAAUGGAUCGGCAGGUAAAGGUAGACGCCGUUUGGCCACCACACCGUACGGAUGUUUUCGUUGCGUGCGACGUUUAUCAUUCCGCGUUCCGCGUGUGUUUAUGCGAGGUUUUUGUUUCGUGUGUUUAUGUUGUGUUUACGAAGUAUCGCGAAGUUAGUAGUUGGAGGUUUUGUUUACAAUAUGGUGUACGCGUGUGAUGUUUUUUGGUGUGAUGAUGUAAAGUUCGAAGCAGUAUCAAGAAGAGUUACAACGCAUGGGACUAAAGGUAGGCGAUUUUUGGAGAAAUUCAACAGAACUGCGUUCUCGGUCUCUUUCCCUCCAAUGGUGCAUAUACCGGCCAAGCGCUGAUGCAGCUGGGGUGAGAUUUUCAUAGGGUGAAUUUUAUUCUCUCCCUCUCUCUCUCUCGCUCACUCACUCACUCUCUCGCUCUUUCGAUGGCAUCUGCGUAUCGCGCUGCAUGCUGAGGAUCGCAUAACAACAACAACGAAGCCGGACUCGAGUUUUAUGACAGAUGGCUACGUGACUCUACGGAACACCACACACUACACCGAGAGCAGUACAAAACAAAACCGUACCAGCCAAAGAAGAAAAAGACUUCCUUUUCCUACAUACACCCCCGCACGGUGUAGCAUCUGUGGUAUUUGGCGGCGUGCAACCCACUAGCCUUGGUACACUGUAGUGUAACGCAUUACGGCAUCAUUGUAGCAUACUCUCGCGACACCGAGCCAGGACGCAGUCACCACGGAGCCGUAUACUGGCACGGUAAUUGUGUAGCGAAUCGUGAAAAAGGGAAUCGUGUUGCCAUUCGGUUAGUUUGUUCGCGUCGUACAGUGCUGUCAUAGUAUGCCGUGUAGUUUGAAUGUGCGUUCCCGGUGUGUUUUGCUGCAGUUGGGUGCAGAGCUAAAGGUGCAGUAACAGAUAUCGAGCGGCAUUUGUUGGUGCAAGACGAAGCAUUGCGUCGAACAUAUCGUCUACCAGCGGCAGCAACAGUGGUGGUCUAGCUGGAAACAGUCGCGGACCAACACCCUUUUGAGUGCGAACGUGAAAGACUUGCAACCUUCCGAACGGCCAUUUGCGAUUGCUAGCUCCCCCAGCUCGGGAUCGUCGUGAUGUGUCGUCAUCCCACACUGUACGGGAAGAUGUUACCGGUGUUGGUGGCAACCGGCAUCACCCUGCUGCUACUGCAGCCACCGGUCGACGGUGAACUGUUUACCGCGUUGGCAGAUAUGGAAGAGUUGCUCGAAACGGAAGCCGUACUAAUUACCAAUCUCGACAGUUACGUACAAGCGCAGGAAGAAAAGCUGAUGCAGCUGCGCCGAAAAGUGCACGAGUAUCGGCGGGAACACACGGAAGCGGCCCGGGACGUGAGUGCGUACCUAUCGAAUCCGGUCAAUGCGUUUCUGCUGACCAAGCGUCUCACGACCGACUGGCGAUACGUAGAAAAUCUUAUGACAUACGAAGUUGGGAAGGAAUUUCUCGAGAACGUGACAAGCUUCCGGAGUGUGCUAAAGUUCCCAUCGGAUGAGGAUCUGAAUGGGGCGGCAGUUGCGCUGAUGAGGUUGCAGGACACGUACAACCUGGACACGGCUAGCCUUGCCCGGGGUAUGCUUAAUGGGGUGCAGUACAGUACGAAACUAUCCGCCGGCGAUUGUUUUGAGCUGGGACGUCAAAGUUACCUCAAUGGAGAUUACUAUCACACGGUGCUGUGGAUGCGCGAAGCAAUGGAUCGACUAACGAGUGAGGUUAACCGUACCGCGACCAAAGAGGAUGUGCUGGAGUACUUAGCGUUCUCUACAUUUAAGCAAGGAAACAUUCAGACGGCCCUCUCGAUGACGGAAGAACUGCUCGAGCUAGUACCGGAUCACGAGCGUGCCGUCAGCAACAAGGCGUACUAUGAGAAGGAGCUGCAAAAGGAAGCCCAGCAAAAGAUACUGCGUGGAGACGAUGGUAGCGAGGAGGUCCCGAUUGACACCACCACGAUCCAGAAAGAGGCAACAGCACACGUAUACGACACCAGCGAGCGCAAGUUGUACGAGCAGCUGUGCCGAGGUGAACAGCAACCACCAAUCGAGCUACGGUCGCAGCUCGUCUGCCGAUACACCACCAACACGUCACCAUUUUUACGGAUCGGUCCACUAAAGCUCGAAGAAGCGUAUUUGCGUCCGUACAUCGUCAUUUACCACGAGGUGAUGUCCGACCGGGAAAUCGAACGCAUCAAGCAGUACGCUCGGCCACGGUUCCGCCGGGCGACGGUGCAGAACUACAAAACGGGAGAGCUAGAGUUUGCCAACUAUCGCAUCAGCAAGUCGGCCUGGUUGAAAGAUGCGGAGGAUGAGAUGAUCCGCACGAUUAGCCGGCGUGUUGAGGACAUGACGGGGCUGACGAUGGAAACGGCGGAAGAGUUGCAGGUUGUAAACUACGGCAUUGGUGGCCAUUACGAGCCACACUUUGAUUUUGCGAGGCGCGAGGAACGCAACGCAUUCAAGAGUCUCGGUACCGGCAAUCGUAUCGCUACCGUACUGUUUUACAUGAGUGAUGUAACACAGGGUGGUGCGACCGUAUUUCCUUCGCUGCAUCUGGCUCUGUGGCCUCGCAAAGGGACUGCCGCCUUCUGGUUUAAUCUGCACGCAUCCGGCCGCGGUGACUACGCGACACGGCAUGCCGCCUGUCCGGUACUUACCGGCACCAAAUGGGUAUCGAACAAAUGGAUCCAUGAGCGUGGACAAGAGUUUCGAAGACCGUGCGGGCUACAGCUAGACCACUCGGAGGAAGAGUUCUGAUAGUAUAACUGGUAGCGAAACCAGCAUAUCAUCCUACCACCAUGACCUAAUACCAAACGCAAAUCUGCCAUAGUGUUUAGUUUCAAAUUAUAACCACGCAACGAGAUGUUUGAAGUAAGUUUAAGUAAGUGCCAACUUUAAAUUGUUAAACACGAAAAAGAACAGUGAGGCCAUACAUAGUUUAGUUAGGCGAAGAGAGAGACAGAGACAGAAAUUUUAUUAAUUUAACGAGAGCUUGCUUUGAGUACUUCCAGAUCAGUUCUGUUUUUCCUUUUCGCAGCUCCUCGUCUAGGUUAUGUCUCUUAGUAAAUUUUGCUAACCCCUUUUUUUCUUCACUUGCCAUACUUGUUCUGCUUGUCAUUUGUCAUCGAAACACAUACCAACACCCAGUCGACAUCCAUGCCUCAUAUUUAAGAGAACACCAAAAACCACUCCAUGUUUUUCGCCACCAUAAGGUGAAGAAAAUGGAUUCGUUUAACAUUUAACACAAAAGCUGAAGCUUUAAAGGUAGGAGAGAUGUUGAUAGGAUGUAUUUAAAAUGGGAUGUAUGUGCGUCCUUGAAGGAGGAGUUGUUGUAGCAACACCGUUCAAAUUAAAGUCGUGUUUGACGUGUGUUCAGGCGAUCGAGAAACUAAACAGCAAAGCAAGCCCCAAGUGGUGUGAGAGGAAGAAAUUCCCGUACUAAAAUUGUGAAAUAAAGCAUUUUUACGUAAAAUUAAAA